AUUCCUACUAAUUUGGAUUAGAACUUUACUCGAAACAAACAAACAAAAACAAUCAUUAUUAAUAGAGGAAGGAACAUGCAAGGAAAUAACUCAAGAAAAUGGAAAGUCGAAUAAACAUUUCACUUAUUCUUCUCUGCCUCUAGGAAAAAAAAGAGAAGAGAGUUUGUCGACGAACGUAAUAUGACACACAAUUAGAUCAUUUGAAAGAUGAGGAGUGUGGCGAGUGAGUGGGUGGAGCCUGUGGUGAGUCUUUUUAAGGUCCAGUGGGGCCCGAGGGGCCACAUUCAACUUUCACUCUGUUGGACUGCAGUCAUGAAGAUGCCUCAGCAUUGCCAGCAUGCAAACACAGAUAGGAAGAGCUUAAAACCUCAGGUCGAAAGACGACGACGAGAAAGAAUAAACAGAAGCUUGGAGAACCUCAAAACUCUUUUGCUUACACCUCAAGGAGCUAGCGGGCGCAGGUUGGAGAAAGCAGAGAUCUUGGAGCACACGGUCGUCUUCCUGCAGCAACACACCAACAAAGUCCGCGAGAAGCAGGUGCUGCCCUCCUACCAACAUGGCUUCUCCUCCUGCCUCCAGAGAGCUGUCCACUUUCUGCAAACUGAGGGCAAAGGCCUCUCUGACUCCUCUUCCUCCUCAUCCACCGCUUCUUCUUCUUCACCAUCUUCUUCGUGGCCCUCCGGCUCCCCUCCAGCUCUUGGGGGCCCAUCCAGCAGCGUCCUUCGCAACACGACGCCCCAAAAGAGGCCGAGCAUGGCGGGGAGCUUGUGGAGACCCUUUUCCUGAUCUCCAACUUGAGUGGACAAUGUCUGUGCAAUAGAAUGUAAGAAUCUGUGUGUACAUACUGUCAUUUUAUUAAGGACCAAAAUCCACCUGGUCGAUGUUUAUACAAAGCAUGUUUGCACCUUAAAUUUAUUUAUGUUGUGUGUAAAUAAACCAACAAGAAACAAACAUU